AUGGAAAUUGAUUUACAAUUUUUGAUAAUCAAUAGUUUGACCGUUGCUGUUCUUGCUAGUUCAUUAUUUCUUAUUGCUUCAUAUGUAGUUAUUAUCUUUCUUAUGUUAAUCAUUCCUUUAACAAUAUUUUUUCUUUAUUAUUAUUUUUCUCUACCACAAUGUCGAAGAUCUGUUAAUCAAUUUAAAAAUAUAACGAUUGCACACCGUGGUGGGCAACCAUUAAUGCCAUCGAAUGAAAAUGAUUUUCCUGAAAAUACAAUGGCUGCUUAUCGAUGGGCAUCAACUACAAAUGGAAUUGAUGGCAUUGAAUUAGAUGUUUGGUUAAGUCGGGAUGAUAUUCCAAUGAUUAGUCAUGAUGCUUAUUUAGAACAUACGUUUGCUAAUUGCCCACAAUUUAUAUCAUCAUUAACAUGUACCGAAUUGAAGCAAUUAAAAUAUUUAAAAAAGAAUAAACGCGAUGUAUAUGAUCAUAUAGGUUGUGAAACAAUACCAACCUUGGAAGAAGUUAUUAUAUUUAUACAGCCGACAAAACUUAAACUAAUGAUUGAAAUCAAGGAACUACAUAAGAAAAAAGAAAUGGCAAAGAUUAUUAAUGAUCUUUUUGAACGUUAUCCAUUUUUAUAUGAUCGUGCUUAUUGUGCUGCUUUUCAUCCGAGCAAUUUGUAUGAAAUUCGUCGUCUAAAUUCAUCUAUAGCGACAGCGUUUCUCUUUGUAUCCAAUAUAACAGCAUACAUUAUUCGUAAUGCCAAUCAAACUCCACAUCCUAUUUCAACAUUUUUUAUUCAAAACGUAAUACUUCGAUGGAUUAUUGAUUCAUUUUUCUUGUUUUUAUCUAAGCCGAUUGGUUUGAGAUUUUUAGGUGCUAAUUUAAUUUGUAUCGAACGUCGAGAAAUUUCACGAAAUUUAUUAGAUACAUACAACAAUGCACAGAUUAUUGUAUGUGCAUGGUGUGUUAAUGAAAUUGAAGAACGGCGAUGGUUAAAAGCUAAUGGAGUUACAGUUAUUACAGAUACACUUUUUAAUAUCGAUGAAAAAUCAUAA